AUGGGUUCUAUAAUUUCAAAGAGAGGAAAAAAUGAAAAAAUAAAGAUAUUAAUUUUAGGAUAUGGAUUUAAUGGAAAGUCGAGAUUCUUACAAUUAGCAAAUUCUGUCCAUCCAGAUGCUUUAUCUAUGGCAACAACCUCAGAGGUUCAAGUUUCUACUUUGAACAGAUCCAAUUCAGAUGUAUCUAGAGUUGAAUUGGAUAAUUUGAAUUAUAAAUUCAUUAAUAUCAUUGAGAAGUUUGGAAGUAAGGAAUCUAAACCUAUAGAUUCCCUAUCAUCUAUUCUACUUAAAAAUAUAAAAAAAGAAUCAAAUGUUGGUGUAUUGUUAUUCUUUUUUGGUUUAAAUGAAUAUGAUCAUCAAUGUGAAGAUCCUUACUCACAAAAAGAUAUCCCAAUUUUAAAUAAUAAUUAUAAACCAAAUAAUAAUAAUCAUAUAAAAGAAAUUUAUAAUAAUAAUACUACUGAAGAGAGUAUUAAUAGUAAUAAAUAUAUAAUAGUAAAAAAUAAUAGACUUAGAGAGAAUAUAGAAUUCUUUAGAAAAAUAAUUAAUCAAAGACAAUUCAAAUCAACACAAGUGGUGGUGUUACUCAGUGGAAAAGAGGUUUUUGAGGAUAAAUUAAAAUCAAAACCAAUUAAACAAUAUUUCCCCGAGUAUAAUAGAGUUAAUGACCCUAGAGAAGCAGGAGCAUUCAUAUCAAGUUUGUUUACAUCUGCGGAUCAGUCAAAUACCAAUCGAUUGGCCAUCCACACUUUUAACCCCUACGACCAAGAGGAGAUUAAAAAUCUUAUUUAUUUUGUUCAAAAAAAAGUAGAAUCAUAA